AUGUCAAAUUCCAUGACCAAAGAAAUUUCGAAUAAUGAUAAAAAAGAAUCGAAAGACAAAAAAAUGACGGAAGGGUUGCUCAAUUGGCUCGCCGCAAAAAAAUGGACUGGUAUUAAAAAGUUAUCAGAGGAAGAAUACAAGCAGAUCAAACAGGCUAGAGCCGAAGCUAAGGAAAUGCAAUUAGGAAAAAUAAAUGAAAGUGCUAAUGUUGUUGUUAAUGAUCUUGGUGGCUCGCGGGAUGGUAAUGGACGCUCCUCUACUGCUGCUGCUGAUAAAGUUGUAGAUGAAAUUGUUCACGCAGGUGGUAAGGCGGUUGCAAAUUAUGAUUCUGUAGAUAAUGGUGAUAGAAUUGUCGAAACUGCCGUUAAAGCAUUUGGCCGUGUGGACAUUGUAAUUAAUAAUGCUGGAAUUUUACGUGAUAAAUCAUUUUCAAGAAUGACAGAUCAAGAUUGGGAUCUAAUUCAAACUGUUCAUGUUCGUGGUUCAUACAAAGUUACCAAAGCUGCUUGGAAUCUCUUUCGAAAGCAAAAAUUUGGAAGAAUUAUCAAUACAGCUUCGGCCGCUGGUAUAUAUGGCAAUUUUGCUAAACUUGCAUUGGUCAGUUUUACCGAAACACUCGCUAAAGAAGGUGUUAAGGAUAACAUUCACGCUAAUGUAAUCGCUCCAAUUGCUGCAUCACGUAUGACUGAAACUAUAAUGCCGCCGGAUAUUUUGAAAUCCCUUAAACCGGAUUAUGUUGCUCCUCUUGUCCUAUAUUUAUGCCACGAAUCAACUAAAGAGACCGGCGCCUUAUUUAAAACUGAUGAUUCAUUUUUACCGGGCACUGUGAUCCCAAAAUGGCCAGAAAUUACUGAUUUUUCUCAACCACAAUACCCUACUUCUAUGGGUGAUACUGACAUUGUUAGUUUCAUCGAGCAAUCAAAAGCUUUACCAUCUAACCCUAGAGGAGAAGACCUCCGAUUUGACGGUAAAGUUGUCGUUGUUACUGGUGCCGGUGGUGGAUUAGGUAGAGCAUAUGCAGUUCUAUUUGGACGACUAGGUGCCUCCCUUGUUGUAAAUGAUUUGGGUGUUAGCACUCAUGGCGCGGGACAAUCAUCCAACGCUGCAGAUAAAGUUGUUGAAGAAAUACGUCACGCUGGUGGUAAGGCCGUGGCUAAUUACGAUUCUGUGGAAGACGGCGAUAAAAUAAUUGAGACUGCCAUAAAAGCUUUUGGACGCGUUGACAUUAUUAUUAAUAAUGCGGGUGUCUUGAGAGAUAAAUCUUUUGCUAGAAUGUCCGAUGACGAUUGGGAUUUAGUACAAAAGGUUCAUUUACGUGGUACUUAUAAAGUUACAAAAGCCGCUUGGCCUCACUUUACAAAACAAAAAUAUGGUCGUAAAAAUAACAUUCUUGUAAACACUAUUGCACCUACUGCUGGAACCCGUAUGACAGCUACUAUUUGGCCACCAGAAAUGGUUGAAGCUUUCAAACCGGAUUAUGUGGCACCUUUUGUCGCUUUUCUUUCACACGAGUCGUGUCCUUCAACUGGAAAUGUAUUUGAAGUUGGUGGUGGAUGGAUUGCCCAAGUUCGUUGGCAACGUUCAGGUGGUAUUGGCUUUCCUACUUCCAAACCUCUCUUGCCAGAAGAUAUUUCUAAAAAAUGGGAUGUAAUCACGAAUUUUAAUGAUGGUCGUGCCACACAUCCUAGAACUACACAAGAAGCUCUUCAGCAGUUCUUUGAAAAUUUUGCCAGUGCUCAAUCAUCUGAAACUUCUGAACCUACAAAAAAAUCUACAACUGGAAAAAUUGAUGUAGAAGCAGCUAAAAGACAGAAAUAUGAUUCGUCUGUUAGUGAAUAUCAAGAGCGAGACGUAAUUCUUUACGCGUUAGGUGUUGGCGCCACUCGAAAGGAUUUACAAUGGGUUUAUGAAAAUAGUGAAAAUUUUCAUGUUUUACCAACAUUUGGUGUUAUUCCAGCAGUUAAUCAAUUAGGUACUUUUCCGCUUACGUCAAUAUUGGGUGACUUCAAUUACAUGAUGCUAUUGCAUGGUGAACAAUAUCUUGAACUCAAGAAACCCAUUCCAACAUCUGGCAAAUUCAUUUCAACGCCGCGUCUCAUCGAUAUUCUUGAUAAAGGCAAAGGAGUAUCAGUUAUUCUUGGUGUAACUACCAAAGAUGAAAAAGGUGAUGUCAUAUUUGAAAAUGAAUCAACCUUAUUCAUACGUGGAAUUGGUGGCUUUGGUGGUAAAAAAACUGGUGCUGAUCGGGGUCUAGCCACUGCGCCAAAUACACCACCAAAACGUCCCCCGGAUACAGUUGUAAGAGAAAAAACUCUAGAAUCGCAAGCUGCCCUAUAUCGCCUAAACGGAGAUUAUAAUCCGUUGCAUAUCGAUCCUAGCAUGUCUGCGAUGGGUGGUUUUGAAGUACCAAUUCUUCAUGGAAUGUGUACUUAUAGUAUAUCCGGCAAGCAUGUGUUUACAAAAUAUUGCAACAGUGAUCCUAACAAUUUUAAGAGUAUAAAAG